AUGUCUUGGCAGUGCAUCAGCGAUGGCAGAAUGGACGGACUUAAGGUAAUACACCUUACUGACUUGGGCUCUGAUCAUCAGAUGAUUUUUGUGCAGCUCAUCAAACAAGGGCAUCAUCCGCAUACCAGGUUCCAAUUUGAUGGGAGAUGGAAUUCCAAUGCAGAGGCAAUGGAUAUAAUUCAAAUGGCUUGGUCCAAACCUACGUGUGGUUCUAUCCAAUUCCGAGCCUUUAAUCAACUCAAAAUUGUUCGCCAUAACUUGGUUGACUGGGCAAGAGUGGGUACUUCAAAUUCAGCUCGUUGUAUUAGGGAGCUCAGGACUGCAAUUGAGGACCUUCGCGAGGCAGCUCUGGUGGAUUGGGAUGCUAUUCGCCAGCUGGAACGGGAUCUCUCGACUGCAUACAUUAAAGAGGAAUGCUUUUGGCGUCAAAAGUCGCGAGUUGGUUGGCUCUGGGAAGGGGAUGCUAACACCAACCUCUUCCACCGCAUGGUACUUCGACGACGGCGUUUUAAUCGCUUGAGAGGGCUAAGAGAUGAUGCUGGAACCUUACAUCAUGAAGAAGAGGCCAUGGCAGGUAUAGCUAUUCCAUUUUAUCAAUCUAUUUUCACCUCUAACAAUGUGCAUGCCUCAUCGUAUGUGGACUCUUUGGGUAUUUCCAGCAGAGUCACGAGAGAGAUGAAUGACGCUUUGAUAGCUCCUGUCUCGGCUCUGGAAGUCAAGGAGGCGGUGUUCCGGAUUGGCAGCCAUCAGGCCCCUGGUUCCGAUGGAUUCACAGCAGCCUUUUUCCAAGCUCAUUGGGAGGUGGUGGGUCCGUUGAUCACGACUACAGUCCUCAACUUCUUUAGCUCCGACCGGCUUCUUCACAGCUUUAAUCAUACUCUGAUAUCCUUACUGCCAAAGGUGCUGAAUGCCGACCCAAUGCGCCAAAUCCGUCCCAUAGGUUUGUGUCAUGUAUUUUACAAAAUCAUUGCUAAACUUAUGGCUGCUAGGCUCAGUGUGAUCUUACCUGAUGUUGUGAGUUCCACACAAAAUGGUUUUGUGCGUGAUAGAUCUAUUACUGACAAUAUUCUACUUGGCCAAGAAGUUAUGCAAUUUCUGAAAACUAAAGUGCAUGGUCGGGAUAAGUGGAUGGCACUUAAACUAGAUAUGGAAAAAGCUUAUGACCGGGUUGAAUGGUCAUUCCUGUUGCUGAUUAUGGAACAGAUGGGGUUCUGUUACGAAUGGCGGCGCUGGAUUAAUGCUUGUAUCUCCACUGUAUCCUUUUCGGUUCUAAUUAAUGGACAUUCCCACGGGUAUUUCAAGACCCCAACGGGGUUUGCGUCAAGGUGA